AUGCCGCUACUCAACGUUUACAACCCUCACAGGCCCCACCUGCAACGCAAGGCCCAGCAUGAGGGGAGCUUCGACAACGAGGCCGGCCCGUCUGCUCCGCUCUCGCAAAAGUUCCGCAAGGCGAGUGAUGGCUCCCGCGUUGCUUCUCCGUCUGUUCGAAAUGACGACGACAGGCCCUGGACGGAUCAGUUCCCACCAAAAGAUCUAUCGGAACUCGCCGUGCACAAACGCAAGGUGGCCGACGUUCGACAGUGGCUGGAGAUGGCUUUGCGUGGGCAGCGUCAACGUGUACUUGUGCUCAAAGGUGGUGCCGGUAGCGGAAAAACGACGACCGUACGCUUGCUGGCUCAGGAACUUGGCCUUGAGAUUACAGAAUGGAGGAAUCCUGCCGGAGCCGAGAUGGUGUCUGAGGGAUCGUUGUCGGCGGCCUUGCAAUUCGAGGAGUUUGUGGGACGUGCUGGCAGAUCCGGUGGCUUGCAGAUGGUGUCUCACGAGCUUAAUGAGCUUCCUGCGAAAGCUAUGAACGGCACAGAUGCUACAAAGCCGCAGUCGCAACUCCUCCUCGUCGAAGAGUUCCCCAACACCUUCUCUCGCUCAUCUGCCACACUUCAAUCCUUUCGCAGCGCCAUACUGCAAUACCUUUCGACGCCGCCAUUAGCAGAUUCAAAGCCGACGCCGAUCAUCAUGAUCAUAUCGGAGACCUUACUCUCGACCAAUACCGCCCUCGCAGACAGCUUCACUGCUUACCGCCUGCUGGGCCCUGAAUUAUCGAACAACCCAUACCUCGAUACGAUUGAAUUCAACGCCAUUGCCCCGACAAUCCUCCUCAAAGCGCUCGAAAAUGUUGUCCUCAUGGAAGCUCGCAAGACGGGCAGACGCAGAACUCCCGGCCCACAGGUGCUCAAACGCCUCACGGAGGGCGGGGACAUCAGAAGUGCCAUCUCGGCUCUCGAGUUCCUGUGUUUGCGCGGAGACGGUGAAAAUGAAUGGUCUAGCAGGAUUACCUUCACCAAGGCGAAAAAGUCCAAGUCCGACCCCCCAAUCACUGACUACGAACAAAAUGUGCUCAAGCUCAUCAAUAACCGAGAGACUACGCUCGACAUUUUUCACGCGGUCGGCAAAGUGGUAUACAACAAGCGUGUUGCGGCAGCGGACAUUCCUCAUCCACCGCCGUGGCUCUCUCAUGAGCGCCGAAAUACCAUCCCGGAGAACGACGUCGACGUCCUCGUCAACGAAGUCGGCACCGACACCACCACCUUCCUGGCCGCACUGCACGAAAACUACGCCAUGUCGUGUUCGACCGCUUCCAACGAAAGUACUCUUGACAGCAUGCUCGGCUGCAUCUCGAACAUCUCCGAUGCAGACUUGCUAUCCGUUGACCGUUUUUCGUACGGCACGCGGGCCUUUUCCGGCUCAGCGACCGACUCCAUCCGACAAGACGAAAUGUCAUUCCAAGUGAGCGUUAGAGGACUCUGGCUCCGUUUGCCAUCGCCAGGCGACGCACAUCGAAUGUUCUAUCCGAACUCUCUGCGUAUCUGGAAAAAGCACGAAGAAGUGGAGGGCAUGUUGGAGAGUGUGACGAGUAAAUUGCGGAGUGGCAUUCUUGUCACGGAUUCGCAGGCUACCUCUGAGAGCGCGCACUCUGGCGUCGAGAGCUGGAAGCGGAAGGUCGUCGGCGCGUCUUCUGCGUCCCCCAACGAGGAGUUCACGACCGGCAACAGCAGCAUCAACAGCAAUGCCAAGGUGACGAUGUUGACUGAAGUACUGCCAUACCUCUCUCAAAUCAUGGGCAGCAAGAAGACUCUUCACGGCAUCUCGCGCCUCCGGGAUGAUGACGAGGCCGAUGUUGAGGAAAGGGACGAUCAACCUCGAGACCAAUGGGCGACCGAUCGAUCUGAGAUUGAUACUGGGACCAAGGCAACUCGAGUACCAGGCACGAAAGCUAAGCAGGCGCAAACGGCAAAGAAGAAUGCGGGAUAUGACUUUGGCUCGUCUGUUGAAGGCGGAGUGCAGAGUCUGGUGCUUGACGAUGAUGACAUCGAAGAUGAUUAG